AUAUAAUUUGUAAUUUGGCUGUAAGUUGCUGUGAAUUUUUAAAAAAUUCCAAGACAAUUAAAAAAAUUUAUUUUAUAGACUGGAGAUUUUUAUUUAUAUUAAGUAGAAAAAUUAAUGCGACAAAAUGUAUGGAUUAAUAUUAGAAAAUAUGUCAGAAUUUAUUCGUCAAAAAUAUGGAGAAGAAAAAUGGGAAGAAAUAAGAAGACUCGCGUCUGUUGAUCAGCCCAGUUUUAGCGUUCAUCAGGUUUACCCAGAGAAUUUAAUCCCGCGGUUGGCUAAAAAAUCUGUUGCUAUACUCGGGAUCUCAGAAAAUGAAUUUUUCGAUCAAAUGGGAGUACACUUUGUGAGUUUCGUUGGUCAAUAUGGUUACGAUAGAGUGUUAUCAGUAUUGGGACGCCAUGUACGUGACUUUCUAAAUGGUCUUGACAAUCUUCAUGAGUAUCUAAAAUUUUCCUACCCACGUAUGCGUGCGCCUUCAUUUAUUUGUGAAAAUGAAACACGUCAAGGUUUGACACUACACUACAGAAGUAAAAGACGUGGUUUUGUUUACUAUACAAUGGGGCAAAUCCGUGAAGUGGCCCGACAUUUUUACCAUAAAGAAUUAAUUAUCGAAUUAAUACGUGAAGAAGUACUUUUUGAUACAGUCCAUGUUACAUUUCAAUUGACAUUCGAUAACCGCGCAUUCACCUUUGCGUCACUUGCUAUGACCCGUGAAGAAAAACAUUUACCGAUUGGUGCAUCGGUUUUAUUUGAAAUAUUUCCAUUUUGCAUCGUUUUUGGAUACGACAUGGUUGUGAGAAGUAUCGGUAAUUCUUUGAUAGUAAUUUUACCCGAUUUAGUUGGAAAAAAAAUAACUCACUGGUUUGAUUUAGUGAGACCAUUAAUUGCCUUUAAGUUUCAGUCGAUAUUAAAUAGAACAAAUAACAUAUUCGAAUUAGUGUCAGUAGAGCCAGUUUUGACAGAACGUCCGGCGGACCGCAAAAAACAGGCGGUGUUUCUCAGUGACGACAGUUCAAAUUUACCUGAAGAUAAAACUUUGAGAUUAAAGGGACAGAUGAUUUACAUGGAUAAUUGGCGGAUGAUGAUGUAUCUCGGUACGCCAGUUAUGCCAGAUCUCAAUGCAUUGAUAGCUACUGGAUUGUAUAUCAAUGAUUUAUCGAUGCAUGAUUUCAGCAGAGAUUUAAUGUUAGCCGGUACUCAGCAGUCUGUUGAAUUGAAAUUAGCUCUAGAUCAAGAGCAACUUAAAAGUAAAAAGCUUGAAGAGUCAAUGCGUAAAUUAGACGAAGAAAUGCGUCGUACUGAUGAGUUACUAUAUCAAAUGAUACCCAAACAAGUUGCCGACCGUUUGAGAAAUGGAGAAAAUCCAAUAGAUACUUGUGAAAUGUUCGAUAAUGUAUCGAUUUUAUUUUCCGACGUGGUUACAUUCACUGAAAUUUGUAGCAGAUUGACCCCCAUGGAAGUUGUGUCCAUGUUAAAUGCCAUGUAUUCACUUUUUGAUACACUCACUGAACGUAAUCGUGUUUAUAAGGUAGAAACAAUAGGCGAUGCUUAUAUGGUGGUAUCAGGAGCACCAUCGAAAGAAACAGAUCAUGCUGACCGUGUUUGUGACAUGGCCUUGGAUAUGGUCGAAGCAAUUACUGAUUUAAAAGAUCGUUCUACUGGUGAGCAUUUGCAAAUACGCGUGGGUAUUCAUAGUGGUGCAGUGGUAGCAGGUAUAGUUGGUCUAAAAAUGCCGCGAUACUGCCUGUUCGGUGACUCUGUAAACACUGCCUCGCGCAUGGAGGCCACAAGUGAGGCCAUGCAAAUUCAUAUAUCACAAUCGACUAAAGAGUUACUAUCGCCGUUUUAUAAGGUCAAGGAGCGCGGUGAAAUACAGGUCAAGGGCAAAGGAUCAAUGAAAACGUACUGGUUGGAAAAACGUCCAUUGAGGUCAAAUGUUACCAAAAAUAUAACAAUACAAGAGCCGCCAAUCUGGAUGAAUCGCACGACGGAAAAACGCUCGUUAUUGUCAAAUAACAACAGUGUCAGCUGUGGAUCACCAAAUAAAUUAACAGACAGUCAUUCGUAUAUUGAUAUAUCUAAUAAAUCUCCUGGGUCACGAAUUUCUUCUCCUACACCAUUUGGUUCCACGGGAAUAAUCUCUGAUGAAAGGCGUAUUUAUUCGCCGAUUACAUUUCAAGAUGUUGCGCGUCGUUCAGAAGCUAAUACACCCACCAAAAGUCCUAAUAUGUUAGAAUUACGUUCAAAUUCAGUAAGUGAAGCAUCAUCAACAACAUCAACAGCAGUUUGUAAUCCGUCAAAUGUAUUUGGAUCAUUAUUAAACGAUACCGAAGAACAUUUUCGUUUACACCGAGACAGUUUGCCAAUUAGAGAACAAUCAGCGGGAGUUCACGGUAGAACAGAAUUAAAAAAAUUUUCUCGUGAAGCGACGCCAUGUGACGACAUCAACAUCGCACUGAUAAACGCUUUUUGUCCUUCCAUGGAGAGCAGCGAGUCUCUAAAUAAUUCCCAAUUAUUAAUUAGAUCCGAUCAAUGUUGCCCGAGUUUCGCUAUUCCAAAAAGUGGCAAAGCAAAACACCACGGCAACGGAUGUUGUGUUUGUUAAUUAUUAAAUAUAUU